AUGAUUUCCUUCAAUUUAUUGGCUACUGCGAUUGUAUCAUUUUAUGCGAGCUCAGCUAGCGCCGAAGACUAUGCAACGUAUCCAUCUGUUGCACACACUGCAACUAUAAAUGGUUUUGCUGAUCCAAUUUAUUCGAAACUCCCUGAAUGUGCUCAGUCGUGUGUCAAAGAAGACACUGAUAGCACACCAUGUCCAUACUGGGAUCCAGGCUGUCUUUGUGUUAUGUCAAACUGGGGUGCUCCAGUUGCUGAAUGUAUUGCCGAAAAUUGUAAGGGCGGUGAUGUUUCAACUGCAACCAGUUUAGCUACCUCUAUUUGUUCCAGUGCGGGUGUUCCAAGUCCAUACUGGUAUAUUCAAGCCAGUGAUGCGACCGCUUUACAAUCUGCUGCUGAAGCCACAGUUACUUCACAGAAUUGA